AAAACUAGUCUUGCGCUUCUUCCAAUAACUCACGGAGACAUUAAAAGUGUGCCGAGCGUGAUCGCAUCAGAUCGUAUAUACAGAGAAACAAGGGUAACCCACGAGGAUGGCGGCGAUCAGUCUAUUAAAUCCGAAGGCCGAAUUCGCCCGGGCGGCGCAGGCGUUAGCAGUAAAUAUCUCCGCCGCGAAGGGAAUCCAGGAUGUGAUGAGGACCAACCUGGGACCCAAGGGAACCAUGAAAAUGCUGGUUUCUGGAGCGGGAGAUAUAAAGAUCACCAAGGAUGGCAAUGUGCUUCUUCAUGAAAUGCAGAUCCAACAUCCCACAGCAUCCCUGAUAGCUAGAGCAUCUACCGCUCAAGAUGACAUGACUGGUGACGGCACAACCAGUACUGUGCUGGUCAUUGGUGAACUCUUAAAGCAAGCUGACUUGUAUAUAGCCGAAGGACUGCAUCCCAGAAUGCUCACAGAUGGCUUUGACUUGGCUCGUGCUAAGGCAUUAGAGAUUCUGGAUUCGAUGAAAAUUCCAAUUGAAUCUAUCAAACAGAGUCUGUUGGAUGUAGCAAGAACCUCGCUUAGAACCAAGGUUCACCAUACUGUGGCUGAUAAGUUAACCGAGAUCUGUGUAGAUGCUGUACUGGCUAUCAGACAGCAAGACAAAGAAAUCGAUCUGCACAUGGUUGAGUUAAUGGAGAUGCAGCAUAGAACAGCCGAUGAUACCACCCUGAUUCGUGGUAUAGUUACUGACCAUGGAGCUAGGCAUCCGGAUAUGCCAAAAAGGCUGGAGAAUGCAUAUAUUCUGAUCUGCAACGUGAGCUUGGAAUAUGAAAAAAGUGAGGUAAACAGUGGAUUCUUUUACAAAUCCGCAGAAGAACGUGAAAAAUUAGUGGCUGCCGAACGCGUGUUCAUCGAUAAUCGCGUGAAAAAGAUUAUCGAAUUGAAAAAGAAGUUGUGUGAUGAAACGGAUAAAUCAUUCGUUGUGAUAAAUCAAAAGGGAAUCGAUCCGCCAUCUCUCGAUAUGUUCGCAAAAGAGAACAUUAUUGCUCUACGUAGAGCCAAACGCAGAAACAUGGAGCGCUUAGCGCUCGCAUGUGGUGGCGUAGCUAUGAAUUCUGUAGAUGAUCUGAAGGAAGAACAUCUAGGAUGGGCUGGCCUUGUGUACGAACAUGUUCUGGGAGAAACAAAAUACACUUUUAUAGAGGAGUGCAAAAAGCCAAAUUCUGUAACAAUUUUAUUGAAGGGACCUAACAAAUUUACAUUGGAGCAACUCAAAGAUGCUGUGCGUGAUGGACUUAGAGCGAUAAAGAAUGCUAUCGAGGAUCGUGCAGUCAUUCCUGGAGCUGGCGCCUUCGAGGUCACAGUUAGUCAAGCUCUUCAACGAUACAAAGAGGAAGUGAAAGGAAAACAACGUUUAGGAGUACAAGCCUAUGCCGAUGCUUUACUUAUCAUUCCGAAGACUCUCGCUAUUAAUAGUGGAUUCGACGCGCAAGAUACAAUCGUAAAAUUAUUUGAGGAGAGCACCGUUUUAGGAGAACCAGUAGGAUUGGAUCUAUCUACAGGAGAAGCUCUAAAACCCGCGGAUGCUGGCAUUUACGACAAUUAUAACGUAAAGAAACAGAUUAUCAAUUCCUGCACGAUAAUCGCUAGUAAUCUUCUUCUGGUUGACGAAAUAAUGAGAGCAGGAUUAUCUUCAUUAAAGGGUUAAAUUAUAAUGCAACUCUUAUGCAAAAAUAAAGUUUAAGGAUCACUAAUAUUUUUUUUACAAAAUAAUUCAAACUGUUAAAUUAUCACCCAUUUUGCAUUUUUAUCUUUCAAUUAAAUGCUUGGGCCUUUAAUUUUAAUAUAAAUAUUUAGUAACACAAUAAUGAACUUUUUCACGUUGGUUUUAAUAAAAUAAUGCUUUCAUAAUAAGUAUUAUAUUUACUUACAAAAUACAGAUAACGUCACAAAAUUAAGCUGAACAUACAAAAUAUCUUUGAAAGUAUAAAAAAAAUUCAUAGAUAAGGUGAACAUUCAAUAUAUUUAUCUAUAUUUUCAAAACAAAAGAAAGAGAAUAAAUUAGUGAAGGUAGACAAAAAAAUACAAGUCAUCCUGUGGAUUAAAGUAUACUGAUCUUUCUGUUUUUUACAUUGAAAAGUAGUUUUUAAUUUAAGCUUAUUGUUCACAUACUGAUCAAUUUAUAAAAAUCAAAAAUAUUUAUUUGCGAUAUGGUACAUAUAUUUACAGGUCUCUAAAAACUACUACAGUAUCAUAUAAUAGGAUGUAUCUCAGUCUUGUAUUUUCACAGAAUCUUACUGUUUUCCAUCGCAUUAAAAUCAAUGAUUUG